AUGAACUCUCUUCCAGUUGAAGCCGUAACUUCAAUUUUAAAUCAUCUUAAUGUAGGCGAAGAUCAUGACUGUGAACACCCAAGCUCCUCCGCCUACUGGUCCGUCCCUCUCCAGACUCAGGCGGCAUUCUGGGAGAGGCGUGUUGCUGCAGACAGGACCGCAUGGAACUUGGGGGUCGAGUUCCGGACGAUUUCUCGACAGUUCAAUCAUGCCAUGUCGGCCCGGAUGAAUCAAUCCGUUAUCCUUGCCGGUCCGACGAACGCCGCCUUUGUCCCGCGAAGUCAUCUCCUCACUUCGCCAUGCAAGCGGAUCAAGAUUUACUCCACCAGCGGCUGCUCCCAGGGACUGGAGUUGCUGAGGAGUAACAGCGCCACCAUCAAGUCGUUCUUCGUCGAGAUGGGCCGUGCCCCGUCUUCGACGCAGUGGCCAAAUCCCUUGCCGCCCCUGGAUCUCCGAUCCACCUCAUUCCCCCUCCUAACUUCAUUCACCUUCCGAACAAACGCUGGCUGCGAAUGGCUCAGAUUCGACACUCUAGUCGAACUCCUACGCAACUCGCCCUGCCUGAAGUGA